AAGAAAUGCGUUUCAAAAAGAACAACCAGAAAUGCUGUCUCAAAUAUGACACGAUCACUGGAGAAAAGCAAAUUAACAAACAAGCAACAGCUGACAGUCGCAAAGCAAUUAUUUGAAAUAAUAUAAUUACAAUAAACAUACAUAAUGGACAGACCCGUAAAAUCACCGGGGUAUAAAAUUAUCAGUAGCUAUUGAGGCCAUACGAGGGUGGUUCAAGUUCGACCCGGAUUCUUUUUUAUUACGAGAGACGUCUACACCACAACGACAAAAUACUCUUCGUGGCAGAUGGUGGCAACACUGCUUCCACUCCCACAUACACGGACUCAACCUUCGCGUCUUCGCAUUAGGAGCAGCACAAGAUGGCGUCAGACCCUGUCACUCUAAAGUCGAGAACAGCGGUGUCAGACAAAGUGAGACCGGGCGAAGUCCCCCAGUCACGCGCAAGUGUCCACGAUUUUCUGAACCGUCUCGUCGAGGACCUGAUUUUGGUAAACAGGCGAACUGCAAUGCACCGCGUGACGUCGCAUCCAGAGCGGGCGCAGAUGUUGGAAGGGCAGCGUCUACUGUUCGAGGGUCCUGAAGAAGCCGAAGGCACAACGUGUUCCUGUGUCUGCCGACCAUCUGACCCGGACUCAACUGGAGAGAAAUCCACUUCUGCAGCAAAGAGUAACUUGUCACUCCAGAGUGACAGAGGUCCACAAAGGUCCCUACGACCCAAAAAUCGUGUCUUGAGCUCGCAAGCAACUUGCUUCUCAACGAAGCGCACGCAGGAAUUCGCAAGGAGAGGCCCGAGAAACUGUCAGAGGGGGUCAAUCAUCCUGGUGCAUGACAACGCACGACCUCAUACGGAGAUUUUGACGAACGAUGACGUCAGCGAUCUCAAUCUGCGGAAUCGUGAACAAAUUCCUUACAGUCCAGAUGCAGCCCCUAGUGAUUAUCACUUGUUGGACCAAUGAAGGAGCAGAAAUUCAUGGCAGACGGCGAAUUCACACGAGGUAUCCUGUAUCGGCUACGUCAGUGGUCCCACUUCUUUCUACGCCCCUGACAUCAGAGCCCUGCCGCGGCGAAGGCUCAAUGUGCCAUUGGAGAGGGACGAUAUAUUGAAAAGGAGAAACAGUUUGGUGAUUCUGACGUGUGUUUUGUGUAAAUAAAGAAAAUAAUAAUUUCCUCCUACGGCGACAUUUUCUAGCCAGCCCGCUCGCCCGAUCUGUCGGCCUGCGAUUCCUUUUCAUGGGGCUACUUGAAAAGCGAAGUAUUUGAAACAAGUAAAACCUCAAAAACAAAAUUUCUAAAAAAAAUAAAAAUGAAUGCCAUAUCACUGGCUACGUUAGCGCGCGUGAUGGAAAGUUUUAUGAAUCGAAUUUGUCCAAGUGUUUCUCAGCAAUGUAAAACUUGUAUCUUUCAAUCGACAUGACUUUAAAUAAAUCUGAAUAAACUGUGGUCGACUAGGGCAGCGUCACAAGAGCCCCGCUCUUUCGAGGUCACUGUAACAGAUCAAGCUUCUGUAAUCUUAAAGGUACAAGAUUAAAACCCGGCGCUAGUAUGAAGUUGGUCAGAUUCUGUCAUCGAGUGGCCAGCGCGGUACCAUUGGGCUAGACAACUGCCCAGAUGACUAAGCCAGGCGUUUAGGCCCGUAGGGAGUAUUUAUUUCCUGAUUGCUCUCAGACUUGGGGCAACUCAUGCGCGACUAUCCCAGUUCGUGCGAAAUUCAAGGUCCCAGAGCAGACAGAAAGCGUGGGUUACCUUACCGUUAAACCCAUGCGUUCCUGGAAUCACAGAUGGAAAUUUAGAGGAGUUUCGAAGUCCGCCAGUUACGACGUAUUUCAAACCUCAACGACCAAUGAGAAUCUUCAGAAAUUUAAAAUGUUCCAAUGGAAUUUUGAGGGUUCUUUGAACGUUUUGGGUUCUAAACGCGUAGCCUAAGCAGUCCGAGUUGAACCAUACGGACAGAAAGACAGACACGGCUCUGAAGCCACUACGUUCUCGAGUUAUA